UUUAGUUAUUAUAAUUUUAUUCUAUUUGAGUGAAUUCCCUCCUUUCUUUAAACGAAAACACUAACUCUGAAGCGGAAAUCCAUGCCCCCCGCAAUUCGGAAGAAUCGGGUCUAAUAUGCCAGUGGCAUCUUCGCCUUGCAGUAGUCGCGAUGAAGGAAAAAUCCAAGAACGCAGCAAAGACUAGACGGGAAAAAGAAAAUGGAGAAUUCUACGAACUGGCCAAACUCCUGCCCCUGCCCUCGGCCAUCACCUCCCAGCUGGACAAGGCGUCCAUCAUCCGCCUCACCACCAGCUACCUGAAAAUGCGAGCCGUCUUCCCCGAAGGUCUGGGCGACGCCUGGGGACAGCCGAGCAGGAUAGGGCCCUUGGAUAACGUGGCCAAGGAGCUUGGAUCCCAUUUGCUUCAGACUUUGGAUGGCUUUGUUUUUGUGGUAGCAUCAGAUGGCAAAAUAAUGUACAUCUCAGAAACAGCAUCCGUACAUCUUGGCUUAUCUCAGGUGGAGCUUACUGGUAAUAGCAUUUACGAGUACAUACAUCCUUCUGAUCAUGAUGAGAUGACCGCUGUUCUUACUGCUCACCAGCCUCUCCAUCCUCACCUCUUACAAGUGUGGUUUAUGCUUUCAGAAUAUGAAAUUGAGAGAUCAUUUUUCCUGAGAAUGAAGUGUGUCCUAGCCAAGAGGAAUGCAGGAUUGACAUGCAGUGGCUACAAGGUGAUCCAUUGCAGUGGCUAUUUGAAGAUACGGCAGUAUAUGCUAGAUAUGUCUUUGUAUGAUUCCUGUUACCAAAUCGUUGGACUGGUGGCUGUAGGUCAAUCUUUACCUCCCAGUGCAAUCACUGAGAUCAAACUUCACAGUAACAUGUUUAUGUUCAGAGCAAGUUUGGACUUAAAAUUAAUAUUCCUAGAUUCCAGAGUGACUGAAUUAACUGGAUAUGAGCCCCAAGAUCUGAUAGAAAAAACUCUCUACCACCAUGUUCAUGGCUGUGAUGUGUUCCAUUUACGAUACGCUCAUCAUUUGUUGUUGGUGAAAGGCCAAGUCACAACCAAGUACUAUCGACUACUGUCCAAGCAUGGAGGCUGGGUUUGGGUACAGAGCUACGCUACUAUUGUGCAUAACAGCCGUUCAUCACGGCCUCACUGCAUAGUGAGUGUCAAUUAUGUCCUUACAGAUAUUGAGUAUAAGGAACUUCAGCUGUCACUGGACCAGGUUACUAUUUCUAAAUCACAAUUUUCAUGCAGAAACUCAGUAUCUACCUCGCAGGAAACAAGGAAAAUAGUAAAACCCAAAAGUAAUAAAAUGAAGGCAAAACUCAGAACAACGCCUUACCCACAACAGCAAUACAGCUCAUUCCAAACAGACAAACUGGAAUGCAGCCAGGUGGGAAACUGGCGAUCCAGCCCUGCAGUGAACGCUGCCACCAUUCAAGAACAAAACUUUCAUUCAGAAAACAGUGAACUUUUAUAUGCCCCGUCUUAUAGUUUGCCUUUCUCUUACCAUUAUGGACACUUCCCUGUAGAUUCUCACGUCUUCAGUAGCAAAAAGCAAAUGUUGCCUUCAAAGUUUGGGCAGUCUCAAGGAGCACCUUGUGAAGUGGCUCGAUUUUUCUUGAGUACGCUGCAGACAAAUGGAGAAUGCCAGUGGCAUUAUGCCAACUCCUUGGUACCCAACAGCCAGUCACCAUCCAAGAAUCUUCCUGAGCAGCCAGUGAACAUCAUCCGACACAAUCUUGCACAGAGUUAUGAAGUGCCCAUAUCAAACAGAAGAUACAGCCAAGAUACCCUAUCUGACAACUUUACAAGCUGCACAGCAUCCAUGCCAGACAGCAGAUACAAAGAGCAGAUUUAUGAUUCCAGCAUUGUGAAACCCACCAAGAUAGAAAACAGGAUUCAGCCACCCCACCACCUCAUUAAAGAAGAAAACAAGUUUGCUUUUAACAGAAACAUACAAGAAAAAAUGAACAUUAAUGAAAGCUCUUUUUCAAACUCAAUAGCUAACUCCUUGCUGCCAAAAUCAGAAUGUUUCCAGUCUAAAGCUAUAGGACAACUAAGUCAUCUCCUGCCAAUGCCCUCAGUAUAUGAGCAAACCAGAAGGAUUUGUAUUAAAGAACCUAAAUAUGGGCAUAUUAGUCAUGAUGCUACAAAUCUAGAUGAACUGGACAGCGAUGAGAGAAUGACUGUAAAGCUUGAUCAUGACUCUGAAAGCGAACGUGUAAUGGAUGUGAGACCCUCUGGACAAGUUCCAUUUGUGCUUCUAAACUAUCAUCACGUUUUAGCCAAACAUGGUACAUUUCAAACUUCAUCAUGUACAGCAACAGGACAUGUAGGAGAAAAUUAUGGAUACAGUUCUGAGGAAGUAAAUACAUUUAUUUACAAAAACCAAAGCCCCUCAUCAGCUUCUUCUCCAGAAACCCACAAGGAAUCUGCACUACCCCAUUAUAUUGGAACUUCUGUAAUAAUAGCCAAUGGCAGGUGACAGUAAUAGAGGAGUAUUUACAUUUAAUUAAGAAGCCAAACUGUAAUGAUUUGCAAAAAGCAUGAGAAAACACAGUUACAUUUACUGAGCAUACCUGAAGGUCAAUGAGGGACAGACUCAUGUGUUCCUGACAAGCCACGUGUAACGGUACCUUCAAGGUCAGGAAAAAAAUCCUACAUCUAGCUUCAGUGCUUUGUUGUCACAGAUUAAGCUCUGGUGCCAGUGAGAAAACGUUACAGAUCUUAUUUUUGUUAUUUUAUAGUGUGCAACAAAAUUAAAUGAUAGGUGUUAUAUGCAGAGAUUUAUAUGAAGAACAUUUUUUUCCUUAACCCUUCCUCCUCAAAAUACAUUCAAGAUGUUUUGAUCACUAUCAUGAACUAUACACUCUAGUUUGGGUAUUUUUGACAAACUGUGUGAAACCUUACAUCACCUCCCCACCCACACGUUAAGCAUCUUGACAAAUGAACUUUUCUUAGACUGGUGAUUUUUAGUAUCCGUAAUACAGCUGUACUAACUGGACAGAACUCAGUUUGGCAAAAAGCGUAUUUAUUAAUUAUCCAGAAGCUUUUAAACUAAAUAAAUCAAAACUGAAUUUGAUUUAUUUAGCAUAUAUUUGAGUGUUCUGAGAUUAUCAUCACCACCAUUUAUCUUGACAAGGAAUGAGAUGACAAAUUAAUACAUACAAAGAUAAGUAUUAAAGGGUUACAGGUUUUGUUAUAGCAAAUUGGGACAAAUCACAUAUCAGGAACUAACGAUUAUUUCC